AUGGGCUCACAGGUCAAUGACUGUGUCCUGGAUUUUGAAUACAGUGGAAAUCUUUGUAUUCACAACAAAUGGGCUGUUUUAUGCCAAUUACCUUUUUCCCUUUUCUUCUUUUUUCCUUUCCCCUCUGACAACUUUUCCUGGCUGCUGGACUAUAUGGCCAGCGCCAACGUACCAGCAGUAGUGCCCAUACAGUACUGUGCCAGUGAGGGGCGAGUGGACAGCAAAGGCUGGGAAUACAGGCUACAUGCUAACACUUGGGGUCCUGAUUGGCUGCUGGGAGGUGCACCCCAAGCUGGACUCCUCAGGGAGGUGGGAAAUUAG